UCAGCCUGAAUAAACCGGAUCGUCAUGCUGAGCUGAAGCUCUGGGCUGAAGCUGAUGAACUCGGGUCAUCAGAACAAACCCCUCGAUUGUGUUUCUACACUUUAUGCUCUUAAAUUCCCUGGUCCUCCUCCUGCAGCCUACAGUCAGGGUCUAAUUCAGCAGCCGGUCUUAAACCGCUCCCUGCAGAGCUCUCCGUUCCUCCGUUCUUCUGCCUGGCUGUCUAUAGAUCUAAACUAAAGAUGGGUAAAGAGAACGGGACCGUGUCGGAAUACCAGCCUUUACUAAAAGACAUCAAAGAAGCUGAGCAAAUUCACCAGAUCAAGGUUCCCAGUAAGACCCUGCUGAUGGCGGUGUGGGCGGCAUGUAUUGGAGGAACGUUUCAGUACGGCUACAACGUGUCCAUUAUAAACGCUCCCACCAAGGCAGUGCAGACGUUUAUUAAUGAGACGUGGAUGGAGCGUUAUGAAGAGGAGAUCCCACCUCAGCUCCUGACCUUCCUCUGGUCCUCCAUCGUCUCCAUAUUCACUAUUGGUGGACUGAUUGGGGCCUCUGUCGGGGGAACGCUCGCCAUCAGGUUCGGGAGGAAGGGGACGUUAUUGAUUAAUAACAGUUUUGCUCUGAUGGCCGCUCUGCUGAUGGGGAUGAGUUUCUUCGCCAGUGCGUUUGAGCUGCUCAUCAUUGGACGCUUCUUGUCUGGAGUGAAUGCAGGUGUAGGGAUCUGUGUGCAGCCCCUUUACCUGGGUGAGAUUGCCCCUCGUGCCCUGAGGGGCGCCAUGGCAAUGGGCACAUCCAUAUUCAUCACAGGGGGGAUUCUAACGGGACAGGUGAUGGGACUCAAUGAGGUGUUGGGUCAAGAGGAGCACUGGCCCCUCCUCCUCUCCACCACCUGUAUACCUGCCCUGCUGCAGCUGAUGAUCCUGCCCUGGUUCCCCGAGAGCCCCCGCUAUCUCCUCAUCGACCGCAGCGACGACCACGCCUGCACCCUCGCCCUGAAGCAGCUCCACGGUGGGGAUAAUUAUUACGGGGAGAGAGAGGACAUGCAGCGCGAGAGAGCGAGCUCCACAGGGAUUAAACCCCUGAAGCCGUGGGAGGUCUUUGCCGACCGCAGCCUGCGCUGGCCCCUCCUCACCAUCAUCACCAUCGGCAUCGCCCAGCAGCUCAACGGCAUCAACGCGAUCUAUUUCUAUGCAGAUUAUGUUUUUGCUGAGGCUGGAAUUCCCUUUGAGAAGAUCCCGUACGCUACAGUGGGAACGGGAGCGUGCGAGUGUCUCACAGCACUAACCUGUGGCUUGCUCAUUGAGUCUCUGGGUCGGAGGGUAUUGAUUAUUGGAGGAUAUUCUCUCAUGGCUUUGUGGUGCAUCUGCUUCACCAUUACCCUCACCUUCCAGAACUACAGCCCCUGGAUGCCGUAUCUCAGCAUGGCCUGCGUCUUCCUCUUCAUCCUCAGCUUCGGCCUCGGACCAGGGGGCGUCACCAACAUCCUGACCACGGAGCUGUUCACUCAGACUGCCAGACCAGCGGCCUAUAUGAUUGCAGGAUCAGUGAAUUGGCUCAGCUUCUUCAUUAUUGGCAUGGUCUUCCCCUUCAUAGUGAACGGUCUGCAGCAGUACUGUUUCCUGGUCUUCCUCGUGGUCUGCUGCCUUGUUGCCUCCUUUAUUUUCUUUGUUGUCCCGGAAACUAAAAAUAAAACGUUUUUAGAAAUUCAGAACGAGUUCCAGAGCGGAGAGCGGAACAAGAGCAGCGCCGCUAAAGGACAGGACGGCCCACUGCUCCCCACGUCCCCAUAAAGUCCAACUGCUUAAUCCUCACUGUCUGUUACUGUUACAAUUAACACUUUACAAAAUAAGAGUCCUGCAACUCUUAGAAGCCACUUUUUAUGUUUUUUUUUUAAAUGUUAUUAAUUAAAUAAUUUUGUAAAAGUGUCUUGUUUGGGCGGAGCGGUUUGUAAAGUAUGUUAAUUUACAGGAAAUGGACACAAGCACAACAGGAAGUCAACAAACACAUUAUAAUAAACAUUUCCUGUUCUACCCACACACUGAUCUGGGAUUAAACAUUUACAAUCUGCACUUUCACUCAGUUUCACAAAGUUUAUAUACAUUCUUAUUAUAGGUUAUAGUUCAAUUGUAGACAGAAAUAUAUAAAACUACAGUCUGCUCUUGCUUAUAUAGACAUCAUUUCCAAGAGUUAAUUCAAAUGCAGUGUUAGAAUAAUAGAAAGUCCACUGAUAUCAGUGUUUUGACAUAGACCUCAUAUUACUAUUAUGACAUCAUGAGGGACUGUUUUUUUCAUGGUUUGGUAAAUUUUAGAUGCAUUUUUUUGUCAUACAAAUAAUUCAACAGUAAUUAAUCAUCCUGUACUGUUCAUACUGGUGCUAUUAUUGUUAUUAUUUGACAGACACUAUCAGUCAAAUGUUUUAGAACACCCCUAUUGUUUAGUAGUCCAGUGACUGCAGUGCUGUACGGCCCAAAUAAGCUGCUUUUAUUAUUUAACUUUAUCUUUCAUUGACUUUAUUACUGCAGUUCUUCACCUGGCAGACAUUCUUCUUCUGCUGAAACUGAGACUCAGUCCUUAAUCAUGUUAAUCUGAGCUAAAGGCUAAAGCUGCUGUUUCCAUGUGGGUCAGCCAGACGUCUUCCUGUAGUAGUUUUCUCCAGUUUCCAAGAGUCUUUUGGAGGUUUAGAAAACAGUACUCACCACUCUCUGGCUUCAUCUUUAAUUUCUCUAAAGAAAAGAACUUCUACUUUUAAUAGUUACAGAGUUCUCUGUGUUUAUCUGUAUCUUUUUCUAGUUAUUUUGAUGAAAGUGUGUAUGUGCUGUGGCCUUAAAGCCCUUCUAAAGGGUCCUUAAAAGUUCACUGCAAACUUUUGUACCAUUGAAGUUUACUGGAUUUGGUACUAUUUCAGGUUAUUCGCAGCACCUGAUGAGCUUAUAUGUUAAAAAUACACAGGGGGUGUUAUAAAACUCUUGACCUUUGGUGUACAUCUAUUGCAGAAUAUCAGAAUAUGCCACUGUCAUGUUUUUGUUUGUGGUUUCGAUUUUUAUAAGAAAAAAAGUAUUAUAAUAAAAUGCUGAAAUGA